CUUAGGCAUGUUUUGCCGCUGUUCUUAUUUCCUAAACAUUUUCUCAAACACUGUUGUGUUCAGAUAUUUAAGAUCCUAGCAGGUAGGUUUAAAUUUUAAAAGCCAUGUAGUAUUUUUCUAGUAACAAGUGAAUUUUAAUAGCAGGAUAAAAGUUGCCCACUGGAUUUGAUGAUUUUAGAAAGCUUAGUAUAUAUAGCUAUUAUAAAAUUAAGCCAAAGGUCUUUUCCUCAACUUUGGCUGAAAGUUUAAACAUAUAACAUUUGCCAUGUUAACUUUCACAAUGUAUGUAUGUAAGGGAAAGCUUUCUGAUUCAUUUAAUAGUGUUUAUUCCUGCAUGCUUACUGCUGAUCCUCAGUUAUUUGACAUCUGGAUAAUUGCUUUUUUCGCAGUAAUUUCAUGUUGAAUUUACUAAUAAGUGAACCAAACAAUUCUGUAUAGAAAAGGUCCAGUAUUAUUCUUUGUAGAAAGGAAAUUAGGGCAAAGAGAAGUAAUUUGAUCAGUAUUAUACUCGAAGAUAGGGUUUACUAUCUGCUGUCUUCCAAACAGGAUUAUAAAAUGUGCAUGGGGGGAAAGAGUGCAAUUAACUUGGCUUUAUGGUUCUAACUUUCUCCUGAUCCCUUAUUGUUUAACCUUGAUCAUGAUCCAAACUGCUGGUAGGAUGUGGUAUUUAUGUUCUUUCUAAACAGUUAACAAAUACAUGAAUUUGUGAGCCAGAAAGCUCUAGAAAUGCCCCUCUUACCCAACAACAAAACCAACCCAACAAGUUGGAAUUGUUACUAUGUCUUUCAGUUUGCACUAGGAGGAACUGUAAAGAAUUAUCAUACCUUCAUGUGUCAAUUCAUGUUGCAUUCUCAGGAGGUCAGCCUUAUGCUUUUAAAGUAAUCCCAAAUCCUUAAAAGGUUUCCUAUUUUCCUUUUUAAGACAGAACAAAAAGGCCUUUGACAGAAAUCUGGAGUAAAACAUGGUGUGUUUGAUACAGCUGUGAGGUAGUGUAAGAAGUAAUGUAAUUCUGGCUAUCGAGUAUGAUGCCAAGGGAAACUCCAGGUAAACAUAGAAAGGAGCCUAUAGAGUUCCACAAUGCCCUCUUGGGCAGUAUUGCUUUAAGUCACUGCUGAAAUGGUGACGUCUUUGCUGCUUGGAGGACUAUAGAACAGACAUGGGACAUCACAUCUACCUGAUUUAGACAGCCAUCUCUGCUGGUAAUCCAUAUUAGAAUUUUUAUAUGUGGGUUCUACACAUCUCAGUUUUAUUUAACACCCCUGAUUGAACCUAUUUGACCUUGAGGCUUUCUGCCUUUUUUUCCCCUAAGUUACUGAUAUGUAUAUAUGUAGAAGGUUUUUGGGUUGUUUUUAAAUUAAGGCCAACCACAUAAUUGAAUAGAUGUUAUUAAGAAACUUUUAAAAACAAAAUCUAAUAUUCACUACGUGCCUCAUAAUUGUUCUGAACAAGGGAUUUUGAAAACUGUCAUUUACUGAUAAAGCAGAGAGAUAGUCAUCCUCCUUUUCCCAAUUGGGUCUCAGUCCCUCCUUUCAGAAGCAUAUAGUUGAAUCAUUUAGGUGGGAGGAUCACAGAUUCACAGGAAGGGAAGUUAGAGCCAUCUGAUCCAAUCCUCUCCUUUUUCAAAUGGAGAAACACUCAGAUUGGGAAGUAGCGGGAUCUACAGGUAGAAAGUAGCAGAGGCAGGAUUCCAGCUAGGCUCUCAGGGCUCCGGAUGCACCAGAAUUUUACUGCUUCUGUGAGUUGGAGGAAGUGUUAUGACUGAUUGGGAACACUUUCCAAUUUGAGAGGGUGGGGAGAGCAGGAUGUUUGCUUUGGCCUUCUUAUUUACUCGAGUCACUUGAAUACUUAAAGGAUUUAAAGGAUCUGUGGUUUCAUUAGUGUAGUUAGUAACUAAUCUUAACCUUAAAUAAGUAAAUUAAGUUAGUAACUUAACCCUUAACCUUAGGUGAGUUAACUCCUCCUGAGUUGUUAUGAACUGAAAAAAUCUAAUAGAUUUGAUGACUAGCCUUAUGGUGCUAAGUCUUUCCAAAGAACCAACCAGUGUUCAGGAAACAAUCCACUGUUGAACUGCUUGAAGGAGUCAAUUAGGCAGUUCCUGAAAGACUUUCUUUUCUUUUUUUAAAGAUCUUAGGGUCACCUCUGCACCAUAAUAUGAGGGAUUAGAAUAGGACUUUUGUGGAGGAUUACCAUAUAUGGCAGUGCUCUAUCACCAUAUAUAGUAGUUAGCACUGUACCCAUUGCUAACCAAUUUAGAUAGGGGCUGUGUUUGUAACUCAACUUAAAAUAGCCAGAAUUCUUCCUCUGUAAAAUAUUUGAAGAUGUAACAAGUCAUAAUGAUGAGAUUAUUAGUUCAGGUAAUCCCAUGCUUUGGGGGACUUUGGGAACUGAUAUUUAGGGGCAGUAGUUUGGGAAAUGAGAAACAAGUUUGUAUUUCUUCCACUCUGUCACCCAUUGCUAUCUUCAUGGAUCUGACACUGUUUAUCUGACAGUGCACUUAGUACUGCUUUGCCAGGGAAAACCACACAAAACAAGCCUCCUGCAUCAGCACUUUCAUUGUGUGGAGAGCGGAGCCUCCUUUUACAUGGUUACAGCCCCUUUUUAAUCCAUUACUCUCUUGCCCCUUUCCCAUCCCAGCCUGUGUCUGUGUCAUUUACUGCUGGUCUUCCUGAGCUUCUUCUGCUCUUUCCAGUUUGUUGUUGUUGUGAGACUCAGGAGUCUUUAGCUUUAUAUAUUUAUUGAUCAGACAAGUAUAGGAAGAAAAGUGAAGUGAUGGCUGCAUUUAAGUUGGAUUUCCUUCCAGAAAUGAUGGUGGAUCAUUGCUCUUUGAAUGCCAGUCCUGUCUCAAAGAAAAUGAAUGGAACACUGGAUCACCCGGACCAACCUGACCUGGAUGCCAUCAAGAUGUUUGUGGGUCAGGUUCCUAGGAGCUGGUCUGAAAAAGAUCUGAGGGAACUCUUUGAACAGUAUGGUGCUGUCUAUGAAAUCAAUGUCCUGAGGGAUCGGAGCCAGAACCCUCCCCAGAGCAAAGGGUGCUGUUUUGUUACGUUUUACACCCGGAAAGCUGCACUAGAAGCACAGAACGCUCUUCACAAUAUGAAGAUCCUUCCAGGGAUGCAUCAUCCUAUACAGAUGAAACCUGCAGACAGCGAAAAAAACAAUGCAGUGGAAGACAGGAAGCUGUUUAUUGGUAUGAUUUCCAAGAAGUGCAAUGAAAACGAUAUUCGAGUCAUGUUCUCUUCCUUCGGACAGAUUGAAGAGUGCAGAAUAUUACGAGGUCCUGAUGGUCUGAGCCGAGGUUGUGCAUUUGUGACAUUUACAACACGAGCCAUGGCGCAGACAGCCAUCAAGGCAAUGCAUCAAGCACAGACUAUGGAGGGCUGUUCCUCUCCCAUCGUGGUGAAGUUUGCAGACACUCAGAAGGACAAAGAACAGAAGCGCAUGGCCCAGCAGCUGCAACAGCAGAUGCAGCAGAUCAGUGCUGCAUCUGUAUGGGGAAACCUCGCUGGGCUGAACACUCUGGGACCCCAGUACUUAGCACUUUAUUUGCAGCUCCUUCAGCAGACUGCCUCUUCUGGGAACCUCAACACCCUGGGCAGCCUCCAUCCAAUGGGAGGACUAAAUGCAAUGCAGUUACAGAAUUUGGCUGCAUUGGCGGCGGCUGCUAGCGCCGCUCAGAAUACGCCAAGUGGUACUAAUGCUCUCACGACAUCUAGCAGUCCUCUCAGUGUCCUCACCAGUUCAGCAGGGUCCUCACCGAGCUCCAGUAGCAGCAACUCUGUUAAUCCAAUGGCUUCCCUUGGAGCCCUGCAGACACUAGCAGGAGCAACUGCCGGCCUCAACGUUGGCUCCUUAGCAGGGAUGGCCGCCUUAAACGGUGGCCUGGGCAGUGGCGGUCUUUCUAACGGCACUGGAAGCACAAUGGAGGCCCUCACGCAGGCCUACUCUGGGAUCCAGCAGUAUGCUGCCGCUGCACUCCCGACUCUCUACAACCAGAACCUGUUAACACAGCAGAGUAUUGGUGCUGCAGGAAGUCAGAAGGAAGGUCCAGAAGGAGCCAACCUGUUCAUCUACCACCUGCCCCAGGAGUUUGGAGAUCAGGACCUACUGCAGAUGUUCAUGCCUUUUGGAAAUGUUGUUUCUGCCAAGGUUUUCAUCGACAAGCAGACAAACCUGAGCAAGUGCUUUGGGUUUGUAAGCUAUGACAAUCCUGUUUCAGCGCAGGCUGCCAUCCAAUCAAUGAACGGCUUUCAGAUUGGCAUGAAACGACUGAAAGUGCAGCUCAAACGCUCGAAGAAUGACAGCAAGCCCUACUGAGCAUUCUCCCCUCUGGGACUGGAGUGAGAGGGUCUUCUGGUAAGUGGGGGAAGGAGCGCCCGCCCUUAGUGAUUCGAAGCCCAAAGGCUGUGUGUUGGCAGCCCUGGACCCUGACCCUGCCACUCUCGCUGGCACCUCUUGCCCUGAAGACUCGGCUACAGCCUCCUGUGGGAGUUCGGCUUCGUGUGGAGGACGAGUUUGUGCUUUGUUUGGUUUCCAGUGUUUUACUUUGGAGUUUAGGUGCCAUAUCGCGGAGAUUUUUUUUUUUUCUUUAUUUAAAGUUUGCUGUGUUUGUAAACAGUGUGUGUUGAGAAGGACCAACACCAGACCGCCUUGGGGUGGGAGGGGGGAAUGGAAAGGAGCUCAAGAGAGCCAGAACAGAUUGUCUUGGGGACAAGGAUGGAGAGGCAGGGAGAUUAGCACUGACUUUGGAGGAUGGGGUAAUGGGACUGACACCAAAUGGCCUUUGGGAGCAAGGUUCACAGAGCUCCUCCUCUCAGUGGCUGUCUUCAGGAUGAUUCUUUUCAGCUGCUUAGAGCAAAAAAACAACAACAGAAAACAAAAAAAACAGCUUCAGAGAGCUCCAGAGGUUCUUGCCAUCUGUAUUUAGGAUACCUGUCCUUGUUUUUUUGUCUCUCUUUGAAAAAAGGAGCUAGCAAGAUUUCUGGGAAUAAAGCGCCUGCUAAAUUAGCUAGCAAUAUACACAAGAGAAACCGUCGUUAUCAGUCAUUAGCUUUCAUAGCAGUUGGAUGCAUUCACAUAGCUCUGGCUGCCCAGUGUCCUUGCUAGAUAGAAAUAGAUCUAACGAAGCCAUGGUACAGUCCCUCCUUUUUAACACACUAAAAGAGUCCAUAGCCAAUUUAACAGAAGUUUCAAUAGGGAAGGGGCUAGUUCAAAGUGGGUUGGCCACCUUAAAUUUUCACAAUUCUGUCCACUGGAUUUUCUUAAAAAGGAAAAAAAAAAAAAAAAAGAAUCUCCUUCUGUCUUAUCCUAAGUGUUCUCUGAGGCUGGUUUCUAGCUGAAAGGGCAGCCGGCCAGGAGCAGCUUCUUAACCUGGCCAGGAUACAUCACUGGCCCUGAUUAUUUGGUGUCCCCUUCCCAGUGUACCAGAGCAGACAGCUGGUCCCUGCAGCCCAGUGGCCUGCUUCUGACCAGGGCCAGUACUUCGUAUUUAAGAAGAAUGAGAAGCCUGCAUUCACACAGGGUCAGCUUUUCCAGAGUUUUUCCGUGGAUGUUGGUGGCCGCCAGAGCUGGGUUUUGGACGUUUCUGCGGAGCCGUUGUGGGUCCUUGCUUAAACCACCAACACCCCACCUUCACUGGUGGCAGAACGUUUACACACUCGACAUAGUAUUCAUUUCAUUUACCUCAAUUUUUAUCUUGUCCAUUUCAUGUCCUUUGUGCUGACCCCGUUCAAGUGAGCAUCCGAGCUGCCUCUCACCCCAUCUCAUUCCCUCCCUGGGCCGGUACCCAACGAGCGGCCCCGGGCUCUGCCUCUUCUCCACAAGGUGGGGGGUUAGCUGAGCUUGAGAAAAGAAACGCUCUUCAGUACGCAUGCCACGCAGGGCCACUUGUGUUACCGUUCGGUGUGAAUAUCGGCCAGCUCUGGAACCAGGGCCCCAGAAUCCUUAAGCUUCGAGAAGUACUAGCCCUGAACCAUAGCAUCCACUCUCAGCAGGAAGCCAGGCGGGUGCCUUCUCUGUUUCAUGCUGGCUGUAGGGAAGGCUGGCAAGAAAUCAGUCUUUCUGUUUUCCAUAUAAUGGUGGACCUAUUCCAUUAAUGGGCGAAUACCUGCUACCUUCUCCAAGUGAUAAUGUGGGUCUGUGUCCUCUAGGGAAGCACGUAAUGUACACCUCUUAGGCUGAACCAUGUAAACUUGAAUUCUGUGCACUGGGAGAAAUGUGUCCUGGUUUUCAGAGGAGAAAACUGUUCCAAAGGCUUCCAGGUUCAUGGUGGGAUUUUUUUUUUUUUUUAAUAAAGAAAAAAAAUAAUAAAAAGAGGAAAAAAUGCAAGGUUGGGAGGCACUGUUCUGAAUCCCUACCUGCUGGAACUGAGAAUGUCAUUUCUAUUUUUAUAGAAGUUUUAUACAGCUCCAGGGUGGAGAAUAUUUAUUAACUAAAUUAUAUCUCUGGAAAAGGCCAGGAUUUUGUAGAAUCCAGAAUGUGAUUGUUUUACACACACAGGAUGCUGUGUAUUAAUGAAACUACUGACUUUCAGUGGCCCCUUUGCAGCCUGACUAGCCCGCCAGAGGGGGAGAGGAUUGAUGCUGUGACUUGGUAGGGGAGAGAUCCGUGCUCCCCAGAGCACUGCAGUUAAUCAUGAGCCUCCCUCUCCACCUCUCUCCUUUACCACCUCCCUGCUGUGAGGUGCCCAAAGCCUUCUUGCCACAAGGGUUCAUUUGACCUUUUCCCCCAGUGUUUUGCCAGCCUUUCACGAUCUGACACCCCUAACAGCGGGCACAGUUCCCCUCAAUGCUGGAAGUCGUGUCCGGUCGCAGGCCUAUGACAAGGGGCUCCACUCCCUCCCAGGGGAGGGUCAGGGUGAGAGGAAGCUGUCCCGGGCCCUCCUUUGUCCCUCAGUCAGCCCGGAGCACAGCCCUCUCCUCAGGCCAGAAAUGGGUUUUACGGAAAAGCUGCUCCAUGUCGGAGGAAGGGCGUGGGUCAGGCCCAGGGCCUGGUCCGAACAUGCAGUCGAGUCUUAAGUGGUCCUGUCACGGGCUCCCAUUGUGUCGUCUGCUGUCCUCUGUUUCUCAGUUCCAUCAUGAAAUCAAUUUGUCUUGGAAGCAUCCAGACCUCCAACUUCCCUAAGACUGGGCCGGGCCCAAAGGGAAGCCGAGAGCUUGGAUUUCCCAGACAGAGCCCCCCGGGAAGAGGGCUCAUGAGCGUUCCCCACGUCUGGCCGCCAGGGCGCUCCUCGCCAGGACCCCUCCUCUUUCAGGGGCGCGGCUGCUGCUGUCCUUGGGGUGGGGAGGGUGGAGGAGGGAGAGAAAGGGACCCGAACAUCGGGUCUGGCGGAGUCCGUUGAGACACGUCCCAGGAAAUCCAGGCCUCGGUUUCUGUUUUGCUCUUGGCCGUCUGAUGUCUUCUUGGUGUCCUCCAUGUACUUUGACUUUCCCCUGUGUCCAUCGUUAGCAUGUGCAAAAGUUCCCUGUCACUUGCCUCCCCCAGAAGGCCUCCUCGUUUCAGGGCUGUAUACACAGUGAGUGUCCCUGUUUUCUCUCUCUUCGUUUGGACGUAUUGCUCUGUGUAACUCAGUGGGUCUCCCUCUUUCUGGUUUGUUUUUUUCUAGAUUCCUGCCGUUUGUUCAUCGUUGUGCCUAAAGCAUGUCGAUGUGGCGUCAAGUACAUCGUCCAAAUCCUUGUCUCUUCAGCUUCUCUGAUGCUUGAACUCUCACCUUUGACCUUGUGUUGACCUUUGAUGCUGAUGUGUAUUUUUUAUUAUGUUUGUUUCUUUCUUUGUUUUUCUUUAAAUUUUUUUGUGCUGCCAAAUUGGUUUUGCUAGAACGACUGCUGAAGGGGAAAUAUUUAAACUUGCAUUUGAAUAUAAAAAAAUCUAUUUUUCUAGAACUUCAUAAGAUAACCACUUGAUUUUGUGAUUCCAAUUCUUUGUAAUUGUCUUCAGAGCAGCCCUACUAGCACAUGCCGUGUGGUGUUUGUAUUUCUGUGAACACACAGCCAGUCCGUUUCUAGGCUUUGUUUUUCUGUGUGCUUAGUUUUAAAGCAAAACUUUGAAGCAAACAAUGAAAUAAAAGACGUCACUAAACCUUUGAGGCUCCUGAGCACAUUUUGCUGAUCUAGUUUCUGGGGCUUGAGGAGACAGCAUGUAUUUUUUUUUUUCCCCUUGAGUUCUUAAACUGCAGAAAACACUUGAACUCCCUCUCCUGUGUUGAUAGCGGGCAGCCUUCUGGCCUCCCUGCCCCUUUUCUUUGUCCUUCCCUGUGGUUCUCCACCUCCAUCUUCGGUGAACCUUUGGAUCCACAUUGAUGUUGUCCUGUUUCAUUAACUCCCAUGCUUGUUUCUACAAUCUCCUCAGCAAAAUGUGAUGCUUUGGUUUUCCUUUCCAACUCAGAUAAUGCCCAGAAAACCCACGUUUUGCAUGUUUCCUGCUGUUUUCUUCACACCUUCGUAUAUAUCACCUUCACCUCUCUGUUUUCUAUAGUUUGUGCAAAAACUGACUGAUUUAAAGGGUUUCAAAGAAGCUGUUUCAAAUUGUUGUGGGGUUGGGUUUUUUUUCUGGAUUAUUUUUAUUUUGAUGUGGCAAAUUUCUCCUCGGUUGCCUGUAAGAUUACUUGCCUGUGCGCUUGGACUGUCCUGAUUGGCCUCCAGGCCUUGGAAGGGAGCUUCUGGAAGGCUGGUUACACCCUGGUCAAGUAGAAAUCUGAGUCUAGUGGGAAACUUAAGGAUAUGGAAAGGGUAGAAGA